AGGGAGGAGCGAGCGGAGAGUGCAGCAGCAGCUGAGCCGAGCAUCACAUCCCGCAUUCAAGGGAACACGAACACAGCACUUUCUAUUUGGACUUUCCGCCGCGUCCCGGCCGCCGUGCAGCCCGCGUCUGUGACAAGACGGGGCGGAUGUGUUGGAUGUCGGUCCCCAUGGCCGCCGUUUGUCGCUGAGGAGCUGGGAAAUCUCUGCCCAGUCAAGGGGAGACCCCCUUCAAUUGUUUCCUGCGCCAAGAACUGUAAAGACAUGGUCAUCAACCCGCAGCUGUGGGACAUUACAGUGAGCGUGACCUCCAGUCGUCAUCAGCAGCGUUGCUCUCACUAUGUCGUCAGCGUUGAGAUGCCAACACAUUGAAAGUUGGCCAACUUCUGCCAUCUCCCUGCUACUGAAGCGAUGAUUGAUUUUCUGAUAGGCCAUAUUUUCUCUUGGCCUGGCCUGAAGAAAGUGUCCCGCAUCCCACUAGAUGAGCCUGUGGACCUUGUCCUCCGAUGAAGGGGAGAGGAGAUCAACAGCAAGCAGUGAGUGAGUGCAGACGUGUCAGAGGAUGCUCCUGAUCUGAGAAGCCCAGUGUCGAGGGAGGUCCACAGAGCCAACCGCUUGGUGCCCACCAUGUCUUACCACCACCACCACCACCACUACCAGCGAGGCCCCCACGGCCGCACCAUGAGCUCCGAGGAGCGGGGCUACAUGCCAGGCAACAAGACCGCCACGCCGGUUCACAAGAGCGCGUCCUCCUCUUCCUCCUCGCAGCGCGACAGCCGGCAGGAGGCUGACAGCUGGGAAAUCAUUGAAGGGCUGAAAAUCGGUCAGAGCAACGUCCAGAGGCCUGAUAAACACGAGGGUUUCAUGUUGAAGAAGCGGAAAUGGCCCCUGAAAGGCUGGCACAAGCGUUUUUUUGUCCUGGACAAUGGUAUCCUGAAGUACUCAAAGUCCCCCAUUGAUAUCCAGAAAAGCAAACUGCAUGGCAGCAUUGACGUCGGCCUCUCAGUGAUGUCUAUCAAAAAACGGGCCCGUCGCAUCGACCUGGACACCGAGGAGCAUAUCUAUCACCUGAAGGUCAAAUCUCAAGAAAUCUUUGAUGCCUGGGUAUCCAAGCUGCGUCAUCACCGGCUCUACAGGCAGAAUGAGAUUGUACGCUCCCCCCGGGACGCCACCAUGCGAGCGUUUCCCCCCUCGGCUGCCAUGGAGUCUCCCCAACCUGCUGCGAGUGUGGCACAUGAAGCAAAGCAGGCAAAGCCAAGCAGCUUGCCUUGGCAGCCGGUGGCCCCCAGCAACAACAGCAGCAGCAGCCUGCCUGCGUCCUACAGUAACGGCCAGAGCAAGGUGGUUGCAUGGCUGCAGGAAUCGGAGGAGAUGGACAAGUGUGCAGAGGAGCUCGCACGAUGCCAGUCCAAUCUGACCGAGCUGAGCCGGUUACUGCAGAGUCUGGAGAUUCUACAGAGGACACAGUCAGCACCCAACUUCACAGAUAUGCAGGCCAAUUGUGUAGAAUUGUCAAAGAAAGAAAAACGCUUGAACAGAAGAUGGAGAACAAAAAGUGUCGGCAAAGAUGCAAAAUUCCAGCUUCAGGUCCCUCUGUCCGCCAGCAUGUCCCCCGUCCGCCUCCACUCGUCCAAUCCUAACCUGUGUGCCGAGCUGGUGGACUUUCAGCCGCCUGUCUCCCGGCUCACGGACAGCGUAGAGUGCGCCAGCGACUACAUUAAACUUCAGGAGGAGUUCUGCACCAUCGCCCAGAAAGUUCACUCUCUAUUGAAGUCGGCCUUCAACACUGUGGCCAUAGAGAAAGAAAAGAUCAAACAGAUUCUGUCUGACCAGGAACAGUCAGACCAGUCGACCCAGAUCAUCACUCUCAGGAAGUCUCUGUCGCAGGCCGUGUCCCAAAACGCAGAACUUCGAACUCGACUCAACCGCAUUCAUUCUGAAUCUGUCCUGAGUGAACAAGUUGUCAGUGUGAACGUCAUCCCCACGCCGGAUGAGGCCGGGGAACAGAUGGGGAUCCCUCUGACUCAGCAGGCCUCUAAUGAGAGCCGACUCUCCAUGUCAGAGUCUGUCUCCGAGUUCUUUGAUGCCCAGGAAGUGCUUCUGUCAGCCAGCUCGUCGGAGAAUGAGGGCUCAGACGAUGAGUCAUAUGUCAGUGAUGUGAGUGAUAACAUUUCCGAGGACAACGCCAGUGUGACCGAUAACGUCUCCAGACAAAUGGCCAACGGAGACUUUGCCGGCAGCGCCUUCCGUAACGGGCGACGCACCUGCCUGCCGGCGCCGUGUCCCGACACUAGCAACAUCAACCUGUGGAACAUCUUGAGGAACAACAUCGGCAAGGACCUGUCCAAAGUGUCCAUGCCCGUGGAGCUCAACGAGCCCCUCAACACCCUGCAGCGCAUGUGUGAAGAGCUGGAGUACAGCGAGCUGCUGGACAAGGCUGCUGAGACGGAGGAUCCCUUCGAACGCAUGGCUCUUGUUGCUGCUUUUGCCGUCUCAGGCUACUCAUCCACCUACUUUAGAGCAGGAAGUAAGCCAUUCAACCCGCUACUCGGAGAGACAUAUGAAUGUAUCCGGGAAGACAAGGGCUUCUGUUUUCUCUCGGAACAGGUGAGCCACCACCCUCCCAUCUCCGCCUGUCACUGUGAGUCUAAGAACUUCACCUUCUGGCAAGAUGUGAGAUGGAAAAACAAAUUCUGGGGGAAGUCAAUGGAGAUUUUACCAAUAGGGACUGUGAAUCUCGUGAUUCCCAGGUUUGGAGAUCAUUAUGAGUGGAACAAAGUCACCACCUGUGUGCACAACAUCCUCAGCGGACGAAGGUGGAUCGAACACUACGGGGAGAUCACCAUCAGAAACACAAAGAGCAGCGCCUGCCUCUGCAAACUUACCUUUGUCAAGGGAAACUACUGGAGUUCCAAUGUGAACGAGGUUCAAGGAUUUGUGAUGGAUCAAGAAGGGAAGGUGAUCCACAGGCUUUUUGGAAAGUGGCACGAGGGCCUUUACUGCGGUGUCCCACCUUCUGCCAAAUGCGUCUGGAGACCAGGCUCCAUGCCCACGGACUAUGAGCUGUACUAUGGCUUCACCAGGUUCGCCAUUGAACUGAAUGAGCUUUGCCCCGAGUUGAAAGACGUCCUGCCGCGAACAGAUGCCAGAUUCAGGCCUGAUCAAAGGCAUCUCGAAGACGGGAACUUGGAGAUGGCAUCCUCGGAGAAGCAGCGUAUCGAGGACAUGCAGAGAUCCAGGAGGAAGUGUAACGAGGAGAACAACAUCAAACUGGAGCCACGCUUCUUCAAGAAAGUGGUUGAUGCCAAUCACAGGGAGAGGUGGGUCUCCAACAACAUGUACUGGGAGCUCCGCAAAAACCCCGGCUUCAUCAAUAUGGAAUCCACAGCGAACCUGUGGUAGCGAAGGGACUGGUUUGUCCGUCAUAUCGUCAUCACGGGCUGUUACUUGUGCACAAUAAGGUGUUGAGAGAAACGUGUCGAUGCUAAAACAUCUGUGUGCGUGGAUAGGACCGGCUGCCGGGCUGAGGGAUGGACUGAUGCCCAGUGACGCUGUCGAGGUUCUGUGGCGCCGCCACCAGCUCGUCCAUCCACGGAAAACAUCCUGUAGGGUCAACUUCAUUGUGCUUCUCCGAGCUGGGUUGUCAGGGCUACAACAGUCGUAACACUCCUAUGUAGAUCUUUUCUCGGCUCCUUUGUCUUCUGAGUAUGUCUUUGCCUUAAAACAACAUGUCACACACAAUUUAGCCCAUUUAAGUUGAAGCCAUUUGAUUUCUGACAGCCGUUUGGGUUAGACUAGUCUAUGAAGUCUAGGCGUUUUGAUUACCUACGAUAAGUGUGCAUGUUUAGAAAGCAGCUUUCACUGGCAUCAAGCAGCAUUUACCAUAUCAUCAAUUAUUAAAGGGGGAAAAAAAGAAGUAUUUUUAUAAAAUAUCUUGGACUCAGAAUUUAGUGAGAAAGUACUAUGUGAACUAGCUGAUUUAAUUUAUUCUCGGCUUUUAAUACUGUUGAAUCUGUGUGAUAGCAGUGCUCUGUCUCUCUCUCUCUCGGGAAGCUACUCAUUUACUUCAAACCCCCUCCCCCAACUGGGCCGGGCCUCCCUUCGAUCCCUCCCCCCUGUCUAAUUAUAAACAUUGUUACAUGAAACCAACUCCUCUGAAUCACAAGGUGACAUAAAUACAUACAUCACUCCCUUCAUGUUUAGUGGGCACACACUCAAGUCUCCUGAGCGUUUCAGAGAAAUUACAGACACUCAAACAUGAGACACGUGGACGUUCAAUCAAGAUUACAAGAUUGUGUAGUAGGUUGUACAAAUGCUUUUCUGCUUUAUAUAAAAACAGAGUUGACCAUGAAACAUUCACAUAAAAAACUAGAAUAGUACAGAGUAGAGUGCAUACCUCUGCCAAGCCCGAACAAAUUAUCCUACACAUGAUUGUCUAGUUCUUAAAGAAGAAAUAUUAAAGUCGAAAGGAAGUGGUCUGAUAAGGAGUUCUUCCCAGGCCCAAACCAUAUCCCUCCAUGAUUGAUGGAAAUAACUUUAGCUUUUUUUUUUUUUUUUGCGUAAUCCUGCUAACAAACAAACAGACAGAUGAAAACACAACCUCCUUGGUGGAGGUCAACAAAACUGUCAUAUAUAUCCAUUAAGUGACCAAACACUUAUUUACUGUACACCCAGCCACACGGCUUUAGAGCUUAUUUUGAAUAAAAACUAUCCAGCCAUUAAAUCAAUCACUAUCUGUCAAAGACGAUGACAAAUUCCCAUCACAGUUUGGCAAAGCGAUGUCAAAUACACAUCCUUAAUCUGACUAACAACUAAAUGUUCAUUUAUAUUCUGCAACAGAAGAAAGGAAUUAAAUCUUGGCGUUCUUGACAAUAUUACCACCAUUGUUUUUUUCAUGGCCUACAUUAUUAGUCAGUUAUGAAGACAACAUUUUCUCCUGUUUAAUAAAUUAAUUAUGUCAGUGAAUCGCACAGCCACUUGUACAGCUAAGAAACACCAGAGACACCUGCAGGUCGUCCCAUGUAAAUGCAGCUUCAGGAUACUGGACGAUAGUUAGUUUUAAACGUAAAAGCCAAACAAUUUUUGUACAGUAACAAUAACACUGUAUGAGCAUUAAUGCUUUUUCAUUUAAUGUGUCUGAUUCCCCAGAGACUCAACUGCUAUGACUUGGGCUUCUGCAAGUUACUUAUUUGAAGUGUUUAUAUUUAUUGCAAAGCAGAGUAGCUUUAACACUUUAGACGUUAGAGAGCAAGAAAAAUAUAACACAGGGUUUUCGAUCAAACUCGACCCCAACACACACGAGCAGUCACACAUUGUCGACUUGUACGGGAGCACAUUUUAAGUGGAUUCCCCCUCGUUCAAGACCGCAGGGUGAGGACGAGGGAGGGGAUAUAAUUAUGUAGAAUGAAAACUAUGUGAAGCUAAAACCAUCCUGUGCACUGUUCACAUGGUACUGUAAGUUACGAACCAAAAAAGACGUACUGCUUUGCAUUCAUAUAUAUUUUUUUCCUUUUUCUUGAUGUAUGUCACGUGCUUUUAAUUUGGUCCCGGAUUAGAAACUCAAUGCUAUGACUCGUCAGCGUCGAUUUCACUCGCUGUGCCUUAAUGCAUUUAAUUAAUGCCUCACAAAACACUUCUGAUGAGAAUCCCCAGGACUAGAAUAAGGUAUCUGCCAUUAACAAGUCAAACAUGGCUCAUUCUCCGGUCUCCACCUGCCUGCAGAUGACAGAUUCAAUUGAGGAGUUAGCUGUGGAUUUUGAGGGAGACGUCUUUGAUGUUAUGAGUGUUUAUCUGACUGUACAAUGCUUGCAGUGUUCAAAGAUGUUCUGCACUGCUCCGUUCCUCCGACAUGUAAUUGGUACAUUUUUGUUGAUCCUUGUAAAUACAGCACAUUUAAAGAAAAUGGGUCACUACUACUGCAAACGCUGAUUCCUAUCUCCUCCUGCAUCAGUGGUUGUUUUUUUGUGGCCAUGACUGAAUCCCAGCAGUGUCGAGUGGAGGUCGGGCGAUGCUUUGCGUAGUGUUUGGUAUCAGUGUCAGACUGUAGUGAAAAAAAAUAAAUCAUGAAACCUUUUCAUGCUUUCUUUGUCCAUUGUUCAACCUGCAUGUCUAGGACAACUUAGCCUGCCAAUGAAUGAUGCAGAUGCCUUAUAAAGAAAAAAGAGGUUUUUAGUUUUUUUUAGUUUUAGUUUUUUUUCAAUUGGACUCUCGUGUUUUGUUUUGGACAGACAAGUUUCACAAAGCUAAUUUUUUUCUUUUAGAUCUUUUUUCCUAAUGGGUACCUUCUAAAGUGCAAUUUUAACAAAGUACAUAUCUUUCCAUGAACACUGUACACUGCUGCUACAUAGUGCUUGUUCUAAUAAAACUGUAAAAUGUGAA